GAUCGAUGCAUGUGUGUUGAAUCCGACAUCCAUGCACCGCACCAUGAAAGGUCUCAGUCGUUCAGCCCAUGGUGCACAUGAAGCCCGCCCCCGCCCCUCGCGCAUCCGUGUGUUUCGCUCACACACCCACACCCACACAGACAAAGAGUCAGGUUGUUCCCGACCCUCCCCCUGAGAUCUCCCAUCUGUGUGCAGCCUCAUCUCGCCCACCAGACGCACACCACUCGACACACGCUGUCUGUCUCUAUCUUACUCAAUGGCCAGCAGAGAGCGUGAGCAGCCAGUGUGGCAGCCCAUGGUGAACUGGUCCGCCACCAGCCCUCUUAUUGGCCGCUCCUGUGGGCGGCGUCGUCUCGCUGUCCCUCCCUCCACAGGUCCUUCCAGAACCCGUGGACGAAGACGUGUGUCUCGUUCAAGCUAUAGGGGGCCUCGGCAAAGCCGCUGGGCGUGUGUUGCAUGUGGCCCUUGAUGCUCUGCGUGUGCUUCUCGAGGUUCUCAAUCAGUGUACACACACGUUUGACGGCCGCGGCGCCCUUCAAACUAGGCGUACAACAGAGAGAAGCGUGUGGAAGUCUGCGGUGCAUGUGUGUGCAGGCAGGUGUGUCUGACGCACUUGAUGAUGACGCUCUUGGUAUGCGCCAGGAAAUUCACGCUGAGCUUCAACGUGGGCCUCAACUUGACAAUACGCCUUCACACACACACACACACACACACACACACAUAGACACACACACACAAAGACAUGCCUGGUUGUCGGGCACCCUUCCCCAUGUCUAUGUCUAUGGCCGCUUACUGGUGUAGCUGCUCCUUCUCGGCCUGAGUGGCCAGCACGAACGUGCGACGGCCGUGCACCUCUGUCCAGAGUGCCUGCCGGAAUUCCACGACGGCCUGCCUGGUCUCGUCAGUGGUGGAGAGUUCAUCGGCAGAGCUGGCAGGGGUCUCUCUGAUGCUCCGCACGUGGUCCUCGAGCUUCUCAAUCAGGUCGCUCACACGCGUGACGCCUACGACGGUACGCAAACUGAUGGGUGGACAACACCACACACACCCAACACACAUGGAUGGAUGGUGUUUUGCAAUGGGUGGGUGGUUGAGCAGCCAUGUGGCGUACUGUACCCCAUGAUGAAGGCCUUGGUCUGCUCCAUGAAGCUGUCGUCCACUCUCAAGGUGCUCUUCAUGUCGAUGAUACGCCUGCACGGGCCACAGCCAUUCAGCUGGUGGUUCGAAUCGGCCAUCUGCAUUCCCCUCUCCAUUCCCGUCCUUACUUGUACAGCUGCUCCUUGUCGGCCGGGGCGGCCGGUAAGGGCGCAGCCUCCUGUGCCUGCAUCCUGAACGGACAAAAGCAAUUGGACAAAAGAAAGAGAACCAGCCGUGCUGACCUUGACGGGCGAGAAAGGCCGCCCGUCCCCCUUCUCGCGCC